AUGGGCGACACACCAAUAACGGAAGACGUCGCUCUCGAAACUCCAAUCCCAGGCGUCUACAUCCCACCCUCAGUCAACAGGCCAGCGACCCUCGCAGGCGACUCCUACACAUAUUACUCGCCUCUGCCGCCGAAUCUCUCGCCAAUGCCUCAAGAUGCCGUCUCGUCUGCCGUGCCAGAGCUCGCAGCCGCCGAUUCGCCCGCCGUCUGCCUCGGAAUCGACGAAGCCGGCCGCGGCCCUGUCCUCGGCCCCAUGACCUACGCCGCCUUCUAUCUCCCCAUGCCCCUCUCCGACCCGCUCCUCCGCGAGACGCACCAUUUCGACGACUCCAAGGUCCUGACGCCCGCCGUGCGCUCCGCCCUCAUGCGCGCCCUCUGCAGCCCCUCCACCGACCUCGCCGCCUCGUGCGGCUACGCCGUCCGCUCCCUCUCGGCCCGCGACAUCGCCUCGGGCAUGCUCAGCACCGCGAACCCCUACAACCUCAACGCCCAGGCCUUUGACGCCACCGUCGAGAUCAUCAAGGGCGUCAUCGCCCGCGGCGUGCGCGUCGAGGAGAUCUACGUCGACACCGUCGGCCAGCCCGCCGCCUACCAGGCCAAGCUGCAGCGCGUCUUCCCGAGCGUCAAGAUCACCGUCGCCAAGAAGGCCGACAGCCUCUACCCCUGUGUGUCGGCCGCCUCCGUGUGCGCCAAGGUCACGAGGGACGCGGCCCUCGAGGUCAUGUACGAGGCCCACAAGGCCGCGAACGGGGGCCACGCGGGCACUGAGGACGGCGAGGGCAUGGCGUGGGGCUCCGGCUACCCUUCUGAUGCGAGGUGUGUGUCGUGGCUGAGGGGCAACAUGCAUCCCGUGUUUGGCUGGGGAUCCGAGUGUCGCUUUAGCUGGGGGACCGCCAAAGACAUGCUGGACGGCAAGGGGGGUGUCAAGGUGGACUGGCCCGUUGACGAGACCGAGGACACGAAUCGCAUGACGGAUUAUUUCGUCACGACAGAUCGCGAGCAGGACGAUGAACUGGGGACCUGGUUCGGCAAGCCAGCAGGGCUCGAGGCGUUUUGA